AACAAAAAUAACGAGCGCCAAGAAUUUCUGAAAUUUUUAACAUUUUUAAUAUUUUAUCAUGGAUUCCGAUCAACUUCAUCAACACAAAAAAACAAUUUUGAUCAAUAGCAUCCUCAAGGAAUGCCCGAUCGAUCAAUUGCCCGGAUUAUCAUCUGAAAACAAGGAAAACAUCAAAAAAUACAUCAAUUAUCUUCUCGUCAAAGAUUAUCUCUUUUUGGAUAAUGACAACGUAAUUCUGGGUCUCUCGUCAGAAGCAACUGCGGAACCAAAACUCAGUUAUACGGAAACAAAAGCCUUGAAGGAGUACAUUGAACAAACGCUCGUUAAGACUUUCAAGCCGAUGAUCGCUAAAAUUAAGGAGCAAGAAGCUGAGGGAUACGACGAAAAAGGCAUCGAGCGUCGUCGUCAAGAGUUUUUGGAGAAACAAAAAGAACUGCAAGCGAAACAACUCGAGUUGGUCGAAUUGAAAAAAGAAAAAUUAGAGUUGCUGCAAAGGAUUGCAGAGAUUCGUACAGGUCCAGAUCAGAAACAACAAGUAGAAAAUUUGCACAAUGAAGCAAAGUUGGAUAAUAUAAAACUUGGCAUGUUGGAAAAAGUCAUCUCAAACAGCUUCACAAAAACAACGGGUCACACAACGAAAGCAAUUAAGACGGUAGAGAAGCACAUCGAUGCAAUGCUCAAUAACGAAAGUUGAGGCAACGAUCAUUUCUCGCAGCAUGAUUCCUUUUUUAGUUCGCUUUUCACUUCCAAAAGUCAAUAAAAAUCCAUUUUCACAUCAUUUUUUACCCCAAAUGCUGUCUCAUAACUCAACGAAGCCGACGACGACGACAACGACGUGUUGACAAGAAAAUUGCUUUGAUCAGGUCAUGAAAAUGUUUCACGAAGCAACGAAAAAAAAAACGUAAAUCACACUUUAGUUGCAUUAUUCAAUAUCAUUGUUUCACGAAAAAUAAUUUACUCCGUUUUCAUAUCUUCCUCGCCAGCUUUUUUUUUCGUUCGUUCGUUUUACGUGUUCGUUGAUUUCCCUUGCCUUGUCUCGUCUCGUGUGCAGCAAAAAAAAAAAAUAAAAAUAAUAAAGUACCUAAACAACAGCAUGACUUUUGUUUCCUGAACUCUCCUCUCUCUCGCCUUCUCGCGUGUAAGUGCAACACAAUGCAGGAAAAAAAAUCGAAAUAAAAAUAU